AAUCUGUUCAGUUUCUUUCUUGCCAAACAAACAGACCCAAAUUCUUCCUCUUCUCUGCGAGGAAAAUGUGGGCGAGUGCAGAAGGAGGGGCACCGGAGGUGACUCUGGAGACUUCCAUGGGUGCUUUCACCGUUGAGCUGUAUUACAAACACGCACCGAGAACUUCUAGAAACUUCAUUGAGCUCUCUCGCAGAGGCUACUACAACAAUGUGAAAUUCCACCGAAUCAUCAAGGAUUUUAUAGUGCAAGGAGGGGAUCCUACAGGAACAGGAAGGGGUGGAGAAUCCAUCUAUGGUUCAAAGUUUGACGAUGAGAUAAAACCGGAGCUGAAGCAUACUGGAGCCGGGAUUUUAUCCAUGGCUAAUGCUGGCCCCAAUACUAAUGGAAGCCAGUUCUUUAUUACCCUCGCGCCUUGCCCAUCACUCGACGGAAAGCACACAAUCUUUGGAAGAGUAUGUAGAGGGAUGGAAAUCAUCAAAAGACUUGGGAGCGUCCAGACUGAUAAUAAUGAUAGACCCAUUCAUGAAGUAAAGAUUCUACGGACUGUCGUGAAAGAUUAGAGACAUGUAGCUGCUCUCUGCACUAUUAAGCCUGUUUCCUUGUGCAGUCAAGCACUUGGUUUUAGUUUCUAAGGAUUUAACCAAAGUGUAUGUUUAAGCCCCUGUAUUUGGGUAUGCUUAAAGAAACUUAGAGCUGGGAGAUGUAGAUUUACGAAUUAUACUUCCAACUGUUUUACCGGCAGUUUCUUUUUCAUA